CCCCUGCCUCCCCUGGCCCUUUAACGGACGUAUAUUAGGCAACGCCGAUGACCUCGAAUGAACCCAAUCAACCCAAUUCGGAAAGGGCCCGAUUCCGUUGCUAGCUACCAAAAAUGGACUCAAGCAGGCGUCAAGGUGGAAUCCAGCAAUUAUUGGCUGCAGAGCAAGAAGCUCAACACAUUGUAAAUGCUGCUAGGAAUGCAAAAAUGGCCCGGCUAAAGCAGGCUAAAGAAGAGGCUGAAAAGGAGAUUGCUGAAUAUCGUGCCCAAAUGGAAGCUGAAUUUCAGAGGAAGGUUGCAGAGAGUAGUGGGGACUCCGGUGCCAAUGUUAAGCGCCUCGAACAAGAAACUGAUAUGAAGAUCCAGCACCUGAAGUCACAGGCAGCAAGCAUUUCCAAUGAUGUUGUUUACAUGCUUUUGAAGCAUGCGACUACUGUUAAAAAUUAAGCUGUCACAGAUAUGGCUGCAGGGUUGCUAUGUAUGAUACCUUGAAUAUUUUUGAACUAUCUUAUAUUGUUCCUUCUUGUUGUUUGGGAACAUCUUAUGGGCAUUCUGUUUCAUGUAAUGCUUGUAGUCAUAAACCUUGGUUCUAUUCUUAAAAUAAGUUGCCUAUGCAAAUCUGAGACUUGUUAUGCA